AUGGGGAAGAUACUCAACGCGGAUCCAACGCGAAUUCAAGUGGCGUCACUCUCCAAUGGAUCGGUGGUGGUGAACACCGUUUUCAUGGUGGUUGGGACUUGGAAUGACAUCAAAUCCACGGACGAGCGCAGUCCAUGGGGUCUCAUUUCAUUACUGAAGGCGCUGCAAGCUGAUACCAGCUCGCAGCUGUACCAAAGCCCGUUCUUCAAGUUCAUCGAUCGCAGUGCUAUGCCGGAGCCGCUGCCGGUUCGACUGUGCGACGAUGGUGUCUUCAGGGUCUUCUGUCCAUAUACCGGAGGCAUUAUGAGCACCGGCGAAGCCCUGGGCAUCCUCUUCCUCGGCAUUGCCAUCGUGCCUUUGGCACUGGGCUGCCUCUGUUGCGGUCUUUGGCACAUUGAUGUUGACAAGGGAUCAGUUGUUGAUGUCGACGACGUCGUCGAGAAGCUUCAGGAGGACCCUAGUCAAGUGGACCCGAAGCUCCAGAUUGAGUAUGCCGAGUCCUGGCUCCAAGGGCGUUUCAUGGGUGAGGAGUGGCAGAAGCAGAGGAAGGUCAUUGCCAGCAUUGCGCCGGGGUCCCAGGGGUCAGGUCUUGUCUGGCGGUUGGACACCAUCUUCGGAAGUUACAUCAUGCUGCAAAAGCGAGUACGGCUCGAGUUAGCUCUCGACUCAGUGAUCACUGAGGUAUUGAGAGCAAGAGUGCUGCGGCACCUCGCCAACACACGUACCCAGCUCUUUCUCGUGCUUCUCAUGUCCUGUUGCAUCCGCUACCUACACAACGCCACGAAAUUUAUAGCUUGUGCUGGAAAGAUUCCUUGCAUGCAGCGUGCGACAACGUCGAACGCUUCAGUACCAGUCGCAAAGAGGCAGAGAAUUCAAUUUGAAGCAGCACAGACAGUGCGUCGUGCUGACGUGCGAAACAUGAACGGUGACAGAGCCGUGAAUAUCAACUCGGAAUUUCAAGCAACAUGA